CCAUCUCCAUCUCGAUCCCCUCCCGUCCCAUUCCAUCCCAUUCCAUUCCUCUUCCCCUUCCCCUUCCCCUUGAUAAAUCUCAUCGCCUCAAGACUUCAAGCCUAAGGAUGAGUGCCCCCUUAGGUAAAAAGCCGACUGCGUGUGUACCCUGCCACGAACGGAAGGUGCGCUGUGACUCGACAGUGGUGGGCGUUCCUUGUACUCGCUGUAUAACCCGAGACCGAGCCGGCUCUUGCACUCUCCUUGAACGCGGGCCCAGGACCAGUGCCACCGACUCCAACAAGCGUCGACGUACAGUUCAUGGCGGCCAUGAGGCAUCGAAAGAUUCUAAUAAUUCCGAGCCUCACCCGGAACCGGCCUCUCCCUCCCGGCGUCCGCCAACCCCGGCGACAAGUGUUGCUCCGCGGCGGCAUGCCUCCUUCAGUCACAGCCAGAGCGAUGUGGCUCAGGGCCUGUUGGAAUUGUCCCAUGCAGGCGUGACUGCCUCGAUACCCGAGACAAUCCAGCCAGGGCUUCAACAAGGCCCUCCCGUCUACUACCUGGCUUCGGAUGAGGAUGCACAUCUGGAAACCUUAUGCCGGAUGGCUGAUGAAAACCCGGUAAUGCUAUCCCCGGUCCCCUUGUACACAUCGGAGCAAGGGCAGCAGGUCAUCGAGUACUAUGGCGAACUCAACUCCAUUACCGUCCUGAGUGAGGUUCUGGGCCAAGCACAGCGCCGGUUGAUACGCCUCGAUCUUCCAGGCCCUGCGGCGGUCGGCGCCCAGCAAAGGGAGCUCGCCGGCUUGGAUGACGCCGACAUCGCCUAUUUGCGUGCAAAGCACGUCCAUAAUUAUCCUCCCGCAGCGACCUGGUGAGAGAGACUUCCGCCUAUCCGCUUGAUGGGGCCGGUAAACGGGGGCUGGAAUGCCUGGACUGACGACGCUAUGCAGCCGCGCCUUUCUGCACCUGUUCUUUAAACACAUCUACCCGUAUACCCCGAUCUUAAAUCGACAGCAAUUAGUGAAGGAUUACGAGCAAGGCAGUUGCUCAAGCUUUCUUCUCUGGUCCAUCUUCGCCAAUGUCGUCCCAUACGCCACCCCUGAGCUCGUCUUCGAAUCUGGGUAUACCGAGUACGCGAUUGCGCAGAAGGAUUACUUCUCG